CAUCGAUAUAGAUUUCAUCUGCUCACGCGUCGUGUUUCUAACACAAGUAUUCAUUCUACCCUGCAAAUAUUGAGUUGGCUCACUGAUGGUUCAAAUAUUUGCAUUGCAUACAAUACUUUCGAUUUCUUCGUCUCCAUAUUCGCUUCCCACAACAUACAUCCAUACCUAGGUACAUAUAUGGGCACCGAUAAUAUUUUCCCCAUUAUGUACUCGUAAAACCGACGCCGCGUUCCGAGCCCCGCAACGCGUCAAGAUACCAUGAAUUCCCUGUGGUCCUCGAAAGCUACCGACGAGGGUGGCGAUGCACCUAAAGCUCCAGUGGACGUAGAUACAGGAGUCGCAGAUGUCGGACUUGGAACAACCGCAGCGCCACCCUCUCGGCAACCCGUUCGACCUCCCCUACAGCGAAACCAAAUUCAGCCUAAUCCGCCCGCGCAACCUCUCGCGUCGACUAAUCAGCCGCCGGACUCGCUCUCGUUGGCCCAGCUGAGGCGCAUUGUAUCCGAGUUUCCCCGUACCGAAGCUGCAGCUUACGAUUUCGAAUAUUCUGACACCGGACCCCACGAAGAGGAAAUUGACGAGUGGUUCGUAUACCAAGACUGGCAGUGGCUUCGAUUGAAUUCUGCGCAAAAAGCUUUUGAAUGGCAAUGGGAACAUGAUAUCGCGGCAAGACAAGAUGAGAUUACUUGGGAUGAGGCGGACGAUGACGACCGAAAUAAUUUCAUACUACAGGCUCUGGACGGUGUUAAGGCCAGCGACGCCGCUACUCGCGCUGCCGCUAUAGGUAGGCUUACAUACCUCGUCCUAGGCAGAUGGGCCGAUACUGCUGGAUCGCCUCCUGGUGAUAAAUCAAAACUUCGCAGUGUUGCGGUACCCGCCCAACUUGCUGCUAUGAAAUCUGGUGUCAAGCUGAUUUCAGAGUGGGAUGGUAUUCCUAUUAUAUGGAUCGCGCUACGCAGUGCGUAUGAAAUUCUAUGGGUGGAUGAACCGUUAAGACCGCAAGGUAGCAGUCUAGCGGAGGCGCAAGACGAACUUAUGAACUUAAUGACUAUUAUGUUUAUGUGUAUACAAGAAACGCUUAACGACCAAGAUGGGAUGGGUAUAGUGCGCGACAAACUCCUGGAAUUGGAACCUCAUUUGACAACAUUUAUGCUCACGGCAUCCGCCAAGUUGCGAUGGCAAGAGGUGAAUGUUGUACCGGCUUCUCAGACGCUUUUGCUAUUGUGGAAAUCAAUUCUACUUGAAUUUGGCGGAACUGCGGAGAUUGAGGAAACAAAAAAGGCUCUCAGGGAGAAUUCUACAGAUGAAAAAGAGAAGGACCUAAUCACAGCAACCCCCCUUGACUACCAUGUUUUCCGACAGGAGAUCACUUCAAAAUACCCAGCCUAUGUACCUCCGCAACCAGUAAUACCACUUGAGGCAGAUAAUACCUCCCUCCUACCUCCUUUACCUAAUCACCCCACUAGGAACAAUGGAUCAAAUGGUAUACUUCCUGCUCCUCCGGGCACGCAAAGUGGAGGGGCAUCAAUUUUACAUCAGCCUGUCCAUAUUGCUACUCCGGCACCAUCCCCCCCGCCGUCUCCAGCAGUUGGUGGGAAAGGAGGCAAGAAACAGAACUACCAAACCAACCAGAAUUUCCCAUUUAUGUAUCCACCUUUGGAUGCUACCAGCAAUAGUGCAGGAGGUAAAGGUGGUGCUGGCUUGCAGGACUUUCUCGUUGGUCGUAAGUGGGAAGGCAGCGACGUACCGGCUUCUAUCCUCGAGGCUGGUGAGUUAUUCUCGAAACGAGUGCGAAUGACCCGGGCUACAAGACAGCUGUGGGAGGAACGCGAGAGAUUUCAGAAAUUCGAAAGAGGCUGGGACCCCUCGGACGACGACAUUGGGGAGCUAGAUCUAGAUUCGUUAGAAGUUAGUGACGAUGUUGACGAUGACAAACUUCUCGAAGCCAUCCAGAAGCGGGAAAAGAAAGCUCGGGGAGCUGAGAUCGAUUACGGCCCGGAUCCGAAUGUCGACCCAAAGGUGAAGCGACGACUGGAAGCUGUUGAAACGUUUUAUGCUGCUGCUUUACCGCAACUACAAUCCUUAGUGAUAGUCCUGAUGAAGGGCGUAUUGUUUAAUGUUACAGCAUGUAUCGCCUUGCCUGCUAAUGGCCAGCAGCAAUCCAUGAUAGCGAGUAGUAACCAGCCUCGAGUUAAUGGUGGGCCUGCUACAAACCGAUCACAGGAUAGCUCUAUGGGAGCUAACAGCUCGGCAAACCACGACGGUUCGGACCCUUCUCAAGAGGACCUAGAUGCUACGAGAUGUAGGGAGAUUGAGUCGAAGGCCGCCACGGGCAUCAUCCUUCUGCUCAUGAAGUGGUUGAAGAUCUCACACGUUCUGAAAUUCGAGUAUUUGUCACAACUACUAUUGGACUCCAAUUAUUUGCCUCUGGUACUUAAGUUGUUCGCGCAUCAGGACAUUCAACAAGUAGUUGAUAGCAAAACCGACCGACUCGAAUAUAGUUUCUUCCAAUUCUGUAAUGACCGUGCCCAUCAUACGGACAAAUUACAGGUGGAACCGACAGAGAUCGACGACGCACCAGAGGAUGAAAGCGAAGACGACGCUGCACCACCACCCAUCAAGCGGCGACGAUCACCGGAACCAGUGGCCGAAACCCCUGAAAACGGUGAGGCCGCGAACAGGACCGAUGGGCAGGUCUCCACCCGCCCCGAAGUGGAUGAGUUGGGCUGUCCACUGAACCCUCUGCCGAAGGAACCCAUAACCGACUUCUCGCGACGCAAUUUUUUCGCGCUCAUCAACUAUCUGCGAAUCAUGCAGAAGAUCUGCAAGAACAAGUCCCAUCGCAAUUUAUUGCUCGUGCAGUACAAGUCAUCGAACAUUAUACGCAAGUCACUCAAAAUACCGCAGAACGAGCUACGACUGUACACACUCAAGCUUUUCAAGAACCAGGUUCCGUAUUGUGGUCGCAAAUGGCGGCAAAGCAAUAUGCGCGUUAUCACUGCGAUAUAUCUGCAUUGCCGGCCAGAACUUCGCGAUGAGUGGUUGGCGGGUUCCGACGUUGACGCUGAAGUGGAAGAGGCCCUGCCACUGGAGCAGGCCCUCCGUAGUUUGACGCAUUGGUUCAAUGUCCGACGGUACCCGGACCAGAUGGCGGCGGAUAUCCGGGAAGCAUUGCGGAAUGAACAGGACUUCUUCAAGCGGGAGCUCGAGAAGCUGGAGGUGUGGGCCGAUGUCGGGCAAGUCGACAACAUGAACGCCGAAUGGGAUGGUCUUGGACACGGCCCCGCCUACGGCUGAAUACGGUUCUGUUUACCGAGCCAUUCGGAAUAUUUGUCAGGAGUUACUCCCCCUCCGUUGAAGCCUGGCCCGUCUAAAUUACUUUGCUCUCUGCCUGCAUAGCUAACUAGGACUGCUAUCCGAUGCUUCUACAUAGAAGUAUCUGGCGUGGUGUUACGGAUGGAUAGGUGUUGUUGGCCUUGGCUGGAUAAAUCAGAGUGGUCUAGAAUCCUAGGCGCUUCCUUCAGUAAGUCUAGGUACGUUGUACUACUUCACGGGAAGGAUCUUCGACUUAUGGACACCUUGAUUAUGGGUUGUACAUAGAUCGGCGACUCCGUGUUUUGGGCGGAAUUUGUUGGAUUGAAGAGAUGUAUAGUUACUUACUCACCUACUUACAUAGGUAGCUGAAGAAGUACUGAAGAUACGAAGUCUACGAUAGUGCUGUGUUACGAUGGGUAACAGGUUGCGAACCUCCGCUGUAGAACCCCCGCUGGACUACCUGAACCUUGGAACUCCGAAUGCCUGUACGGAUAUGCAUAUAUGUACGUGCUUCAGUGACUAACCUCGUAAUCUGAUCCAGUACAGGUCCAUUAAUAAGCAUGCGUGUGUAUUACAAGUGUGAAUGGG